CGCGGAUCCAGCUGUGUGCCGAUGCCUACGGUAGAAGGGGUGCACAGCCAUGCGGACUUCGUGGGUUCUGUUUGCCGUGUUCUCGGUGCUACUAUGGGACCUGUGGUACCAUGUGCCGCUGCUUCCCGAACUCGGGAGCCUCGUGGGGUCUUUCGUGAUCAUCCUGUGUGUGUCAUACUGCUUGUCUGGGAUUGUAUGGGAGAAGUUGUUCGUCAAGCAGCUGCCCGUCGAGGGUAAAGCUGUUCUCAUCACAGGUUGUGACAGCGGCUUCGGACACGCGCUGGCUACUCGAUUGAGCCGAGACGGAUUCAUGGUGUUCGCCGGAUGUCUCGACUCCCAGAGCGAGGGGGCCAGGGACCUCGGCAACCUGCGCUAUGUGACGGUACUCCAGCUGGACGUCACCAAAGCAGAGCAAGUUGACGCCGCCUUCGAAAGAGUUGAGCAAGCGCUGGACUCUAGAGCACUCUGGUCCGUAGUCGCCAACGCCGGCGUACGAAACAACGGCCUUCUGGAGUGGCUCACGAUGGAAAGCAUCACGAAGAUAUUCGACGUGAACGUUUUCGGGACGCUGAGGGUCACCAAGAAGUUCCUUCCGAUGCUGAAGAAGAGCAAAGGACGCAUGAUCGUUGUCACAAGCCCAUUCGGGCACGUUACGAUGCCAAUGGGAGUGCCAUACUGUAUGACGAAGUACGCCCUGGUGUCAAUGGUCGAUGGACUGCGACGAGAAUGCAAAGGAAAAGGCGUGGAUUUCGUCAACAUAGAACCGAUCGCAUACAAAACGGCGAUCACAACCAACCUGGGUGCACAGUCCGAGACGCAGCCAGAACUUCAGCAGCAGCCACCAGAGGUCGUGGCCGACUACAGCGCGGAGGAGGUGCAGCGGUGGCUCGACACGCCCAGGCAGCUCUACGAAUUGAUAUCCAGAGACGACGUGAACGAAGUGGUGGACCAAAUGGUGCUAGCGAUCCGAGAGACAGACCCAAAGACCCGCUACAUCUCAAAGUUCCGGUUAGGUGGAUUCUUGUACUACGGGGCCGCAGUGUUACCCACCGAACUAGCGGACUUGGCAAUUGGACUGGGCAUCAGGACGCUGCCGUUCGUGUCAAGAAUGAUGAGGACUCGUGCCGAAAAAAGCGACUGACGUCACAGGAGCACACCCGAGUGGCUAGAAGAAAAAUUCACACGUUCCCUUUUGCAUUUGCCCAAGAUGACUGCAAGGCCAAAACCAUCUUGUUCUUUUCCUUUUCAGUUGAUUGCAUUGGUCCCACCCGAGAGCUUUCCGCAUCCAAUGUGGCAUUGUACUGCCUCCGGGAUCGGAGAAAUUGCAAGCUUUCUGCACCUCACGUGGUUUUGCAGUGCCUCCGUGAUCGGCCCACUUUAGAUCAAGCAACGAUCUCGUGUGAUGACGUCAUCAUGUGCCCUCAUAGCGAUGUCACGAUGACGUCCGGUUCAUAUGACAUAUUGUACUGCUCACGCUUAAACUGUGCACAAUGAUGUACAUACACGUGCUGUCGGUGCGUUGGGAUUGUCGGAGUGCUGAUUUGAACCAUACUUACAUAAUAAACACUGGCAUCUUCAUCUUUAUACGUGCCAAUUAAC